ACAAAACGAGCAGCCGGAAAAUAUCCCCACCCAAGCAGGGCCAUAAAACGCAAGCAGCGCAGCUGCACAGAAUUGUUAUCGCAGGGGGCAUUAAGCUGCCUGCCUCCGCUGCCGGCCGUGCUACCUAAUCGCCGCGCUUGUUUUCCCACCGCCCGAUGGCCGCCAUCACGCCGCCGACGCAGUCGGAGCCGUCGCCGCAGACGGGGCGCCCGGCCUCGUCUGCCGCCGCCGCGGCCAAGCGUGGAGGGGGCGGGGCUGGUGCCGCCGGCGGGCCGCUGAUGGGGAAGUACGAGCUGGGGCGCCUCCUGGGGCACGGCACCUUCGCGAAGGUGUACCACGCGCGGCACGUCGACACGGGGGACAACGUUGCCAUCAAGGUGCUCGACAAGGAGAAGGCCGUGAAGAGCGGGCUCGUCCCGCACAUCAAGCGCGAGAUCGCUGUGCUACGCCGCGUGCGCCACCCGAACAUCGUGCACCUGUUCGAGGUUAUGGCCACAAAGACUAAGAUCUACUUCGUCAUGGAGCUCGUCCGCGGCGGCGAGCUCUUCUCCCGCGUCUCCAAGGGCCGACUCAGGGAGGACACCGCGCGCCGCUACUUCCAGCAGCUCGUCUCCGCCGUGGGGUUCUGCCACGCCCGCGGCGUCUUCCACCGCGACCUGAAGCCCGAGAAUCUACUCGUCGACGAGCAGGGGAACCUCAAGGUAUCGGAUUUUGGGCUCUCCGCCGUCGCCGAGCAGUUCCGUCCCGACGGCCUGCUCCACACCUUCUGCGGCACGCCGGCCUAUGUGGCCCCCGAAGUGCUCGGCCGCCGCGGGUACGACGGCGCCAAGGCAGACGUGUGGUCGUGCGGUGUCAUCCUCUUUGUGCUCAUGGCCGGAUAUCUCCCUUUCCAUGACAAAAACAUCAUGGCCAUGUACAAGAAGAUUUACAAGGGCGAGUUCCGCUGUGCGAGGUGGUUCUCCAAAGACCUUACCAGCUUGCUGAUGCGCAUUCUUCACACUAAUCCCAACACUCGGAUCACUUUGCCGGAGAUCAUGGAGUCCCGCUGGUUCAAGAAAGGAUUCAAGCCUGUCAAGUUCUAUAUCGAGGAUGACCAGCUGCAUAACGUUAUAGAUGACGAAGAUGGCCUGUUAGAUAUGGGACCUGCUGGUCCUGUUCCUCCACCAUUGCCACCUCCACCGCCACCUCUACCUCCACCAAAGGUUGAUGGUGAUGAAUCAGGGUCUGACUCAGACUCGUCGAUCUCAUCCUGCCCUGCUUCAAUGUUAUCUGAUGAGAGCCAAAGGCCCCGUGGCUCUCUACCACGUCCAGCAAGUCUUAAUGCCUUUGAUAUCAUAUCAUUUUCAAGGGGAUUUAACUUAUCAGGGUUAUUUGAGGAGAAAGGGGAUGAAGUGAGGUUCAUCUCGGCUGAGCCCAUGUCAGAUAUCAUAACCAAAUUGGAGGACAUAGCGAAGCUGAAGAGCUUCAAGUUGCGGAGGAAGGACUGGCGCAUCUGCCUGGAGGGUACAAGGGAAGGAGUUAAGGGGCCAUUAACAAUUGGCGCGGAGAUAUUUGAACUCACACCUCCCCUUGUAAUGGUGGAGGUAAAAAAGAAGGCAGGGGAUAAUGAAGAGUACGAGAACUUCUGUGACAAGGAAUUGAAGCCAGGGAUGCAGCACCUUGUCCACCAUAUGGUCCGAGCUCCAAGUAUGCUGCUUACUGAUGCCAAGUAGAUCGAAAGGCUUUGAACUUAACAACAGCACUUCGCACGGAGCUACUGGUAACAGGCGUGACAUUCUGAGCGGCAUGAGGCUAGAGGAGACAGUUGAGCACAGCACAGUUGACCAGAAGAGAUAGUCGCCGGAACAAAAACCUUGACCAGUUCCACAGCGCUGUAGUUUCGCAGAUGAUGAGCAGCUCGGCAUCUCAUGACUGAAUAAACGCAAUGCCCGCCAUGGAGGGAGACUCCGGUGUCUUUCUUGUACCUGAGGUGGUUAAGUUGUUACUCGAAUGCUGUAUCACGAGUGGUGUAGUCCUGCUAUUCGUAAUAUUUCGAUUAACCAUCAUGCU